GGGGCCAUGGCGGCCGAGGGCGGGGCGCCGCCUUGGGGGCGGCGGUGCUUCGGGUGACAACGGUCAGAGAUGAAGGUGGCCGCGGCGCAGCAGGGAGUUGAGCUGCACCGGGCGCGGUUGGCUGCCAGGCCGCGCCUGUAGGACCCCGGGGCCGGGGCGGCGGGAUGGGGACUCGACUCGGGUAGAGAAGCGGCGGCAGCAACAGAGAGAGGAACUUAAGCCCGAGGGGCUCGCUUGCUCCGGUCACACUCGGAACCCUCUUCCACCUGCUGCCGCUCGGCCCCGCGUCCGGCGGGCCACGACGGCGUCGGCGACGGCGGGGGCAUGUGGCGCUGGGUCCGGCAGCAGCUGGGUUUUGACCCACCACAUCAAAGUGACACAAGAACUAUUUACAUAGCCAACAGAUUUCCUCAGAAUGGCCUUUACACACCUCAGAAAUUCAUAGAUAACCGGAUCAUUUCAUCUAAGUAUACUAUAUGGAAUUUUGUUCCAAAAAAUUUAUUCGAACAGUUCAGAAGAGUGGCAAACUUUUAUUUUCUUAUUAUAUUUUUGGUUCAGCUUAUGAUUGAUACACCUACCAGUCCAAUUACCAGUGGACUUCCAUUAUUCUUUGUAAUAACAGUAACUGCCAUAAAACAGGGUUAUGAAGACUGGUUACGCCAUAACUCAGAUAAUGAAGUAAAUGGAGCUCCUGUCUAUGUUGUUAGAAGUGGUGGGCUUGUAAAAACUAGAUCAAAAAACAUUCGGGUGGGUGAUAUUGUUCGUAUAGCCAAAGAUGAAAUUUUUCCUGCAGAUUUGGUGCUUCUGUCCUCAGAUCGACUUGAUGGUUCAUGUCAUGUUACAACCGCUAGUUUGGAUGGAGAGACAAACCUAAAGACACAUGUGUCAGUUCCAGAAACAGCAGUAUUACAAACAGUUGCCAACUUGGACAGUCUCAUAGCUGUAAUAGAAUGCCAACAGCCUGAAGCAGAUUUAUACAGAUUUAUGGGACGAAUGAUAAUAACUCAACAAAUGGAAGAAAUUGUAAGACCUCUGGGACCAGAGAGUCUCUUGCUUCGUGGAGCCAGAUUAAAAAAUACAAAAGAAAUUUUUGGUGUGGCUGUAUACACUGGAAUGGAAACUAAGAUGGCAUUAAAUUACAAGAGCAAGUCACAGAAAAGAUCUGCAGUAGAAAAAUCAAUGAACACAUUUUUAAUAAUUUAUCUAAUAAUACUUAUUUCUGAGGCCAUCAUCAGUACGAUUUUGAAAUAUACCUGGCAAGCUGAAGAAAAAUGGGAUGAACCUUGGUAUAACCAAAAAACAGAACAUCAAAGAAAUAGCAGUAAGAUCCUGAGAUUUAUUUCCGACUUCCUUGCCUUUUUAGUACUCUAUAAUUUUAUCAUUCCAAUUUCCCUAUAUGUGACAGUUGAGAUGCAGAAAUUUCUUGGAUCAUUUUUUAUUGGCUGGGAUCUUGAUCUGUAUCAUGAAGAGUCAGAUCAGAAAGCGCAAGUCAAUACUUCUGAUCUGAAUGAAGAGCUUGGGCAGGUGGAAUAUGUGUUUACAGAUAAAACUGGAACACUGACAGAAAAUGAGAUGCAGUUUCGAGAAUGUUCAAUUAAUGGCCUGAAAUACCAAGAGAUCAAUGGUAAACUUGUACCUGAAGGACCAAGCCCAGACUCCGCAGAAGGAAGCGUGCCUUUUCUUGGUAGUUUAUCCCAUCUCAGCAACUCAACCCAUCUUAGUCCUGAAAGUGAAACUGAGCUAAUCAGAGAACACGAUCUGUUCUUUAAAGCAGUCAGUCUUUGCCAUACUGUACAGAUCAGCAGUGUUCAAACCGACGGCAUUGGGGAUGGUCCCUGGCAGCCCAACCUGGCGCCUGCACAGCUGGAGUACUAUGCAUCUUCACCUGAUGAAAAGGCUCUGGUGGAAGCUGCAGCAAGAGCUGGUAUUAUAUUUAUAGGCAUUUCUGAAGAAACUAUGGAGGUUAAAGUACUUGGAAGAUUGGAAAGGUACAAAUUGCUUCAUAUUCUGGAAUUUGAUUCAGAUCGUAGGAGAAUGAGUGUAAUUGUUCAGGCACCUUCAGGUGAGAAGCUUUUAUUUGCUAAAGGAGCAGAAUCUUCAAUUCUCCCUAAAUGUAUAGGUGGAGAAAUAGCAAAAACCAGAAUUCAUGUUGAUGAGUUUGCUUUGAAAGGACUGCGGACACUGUGUAUAGCUUACAGACAGUUUACAGCUACAGAGUAUGAGGAUGUAGACAGGCGCCUGUUUGAAGCCAGGACUGCCUUGCAGCAUCGGGAAGAGAAGUUGGCUGAUGUCUUCCAGUACAUUGAAAAAGACCUGAUAUUGCUAGGAGCCACAGCAGUAGAAGACAGACUACAAGAUAAAGUUCGAGAAACUAUUGAAGCACUGAGGAUGGCUGGUAUUAAAGUAUGGGUACUUACUGGAGACAAACAUGAAACAGCUGUCAGUGUGAGUUUAUCAUGUGGACAUUUUCAUAGAACUAUGAAUAUCCUGGAACUUAUCAACCAGAAGUCAGACAGUGGAUGUGCUGAACAGUUGAGGCAGCUUGCCAGAAGAAUUACAGAGGACCAUGUGAUUCAGCAUGGGCUGGUAGUAGAUGGGACCAGCUUAUCUCUUGCACUCAGGGAACAUGAAAAGCUAUUUAUGGAGGUUUGCAGGAACUGUUCAGCUGUAUUAUGCUGUCGCAUGGCACCUUUACAGAAAGCAAAAGUAAUAAGACUGAUAAAAAUCUCCCCUGAGAAACCAAUAACACUGGCUGUUGGUGAUGGUGCUAAUGAUGUAAGCAUGAUACAAGAAGCACAUGUUGGCAUAGGAAUCAUGGGUAAAGAAGGAAGACAAGCUGCAAGAAACAGUGACUAUGCAGUAGCUAGAUUUAAAUUUCUCUCCAAAUUACUUUUUGUUCACGGUCAUUUUUAUUAUAUUAGAAUAGCUACCCUUGUACAGUAUUUUUUUUAUAAGAAUGUGUGCUUUAUCACACCCCAGUUUUUAUAUCAGUUCUACUGUUUGUUUUCUCAACAAACACUGUAUGACAGCGUGUACCUGACUUUAUACAAUAUCUGUUUUACUUCCCUACCUGUUCUCAUAUAUAGUCUUUUGGAACAACAUAUAGACCCACAUGUAUUACAGAGCAAGCCUACCCUCUAUCGGGACAUUAGUAAAAACCGUCUCUUGAGCAUUAAAGCAUUUCUUUACUGGACCGUCCUGGGUUUCAGCCACGCCUUCAUUUUCUUCUUUGGAUCCUACUUUCUAGUGGGGAAGGAUACAUCUUUGCUUGGAAAUGGCCAGAUGUUUGGAAACUGGACAUUUGGUACUUUGGUCUUCACAGUCAUGGUCAUCACAGUCACAGUAAAGAUGGCAUUGGAAACUCAUUUCUGGACUUGGAUCAACCAUCUUGUUACCUGGGGAUCUAUUAUAUUUUAUUUUAUAUUUUCUUUGUUUUAUGGUGGGAUUCUCUGGCCAUUUUUGGGCUCCCAGAGUAUGUACUUUGUAUUUAUUCAGCUCUUGUCAAGCGGGUCGGCUUGGUUUGCCAUACUCCUUAUGGUUGUUACUUGUCUAUUCGUUGACGUUGUGAAAAAAGUGUUUGAUCGACACCUUCAUCCUACAAGUACAGAAAAGGCACAGCUUGCUGAAGCACAUUCAAGUGUCAAGUGCUUGGACUCCAUAUGCUGUUUCCCAGAAGGAGAGACCCCAUGCGCAUCUGUUAGAAGAAUGCUGGAACGAGUCAUAGGACGGUGUAGUCCCAACCAUAUCAGCAGGUUGUGGAAUGCAUCGGAUCCAUUCUAUACCAAUGACAGGAGCAUCUUGACUCUCUCGCCAAUGGACUCAUCUACUUGUUAAAGGGACAGUAGGACUUUGUAGGAACAAGUUCACUUGCCCUCAGGUUUGGGGUCACCAUCCAGUUGUAAAAGGCCAGUUAUUUUCUGAAAUCUCUGGAGGAGUUGAGACUUCCUCAGAGUCCGUGGGAAACAGGCAGUUACAUGGCCCCUUCUCCUUUCUCUUUAAUUUGAAUAUGAAUAUAUUAAAAUUCGGAAAUAAAGAGAUAGUUAACAAUCUCUUUGUCUGCUUUGUCCCUUCUGCUCAGGGGACUCCUGGUGGCAUUGCAGACUUUGCUGAAGCCACUAUACUUUAAUAUCAAGGUAGAGAAAGGGUCACUCUUGGUUAUGGGUAGUUUAGGGUGAGUGUGGUUUGGGACUCUUCUAUUUAAAUCUGCUUCUGUAAAUUAUGCUAAAGAUUUGCCUUGAGAAGUCUAUUUUUUUUAUUAGAUUAUAUUUGAAGCUUUUCGUGGGGAAAGUUAAUAUGAAUAUUAAGGAAUUUUGGUCCGUUAGUGACCUGUGUUGUUAAUCCAUUUAGUGCUUUUUAAGUCACAGAGCAACUAGGAGAGCACGUUUCUAAGCAUUGUCCUUUGCGGUGUGGGUGGUAAGCUUAUACUGACCCAGCUUCUUUAACAAUGCUGUAACACAACCAGUGAAGCUAAUCCUACAAGUGCAAAGGGAGUUCUGCAUCUCAUGUCCUAGUCAGAAUUAGAGCCAUUUACUAGACUUCAAAUUGGUGUUUGCUAAUAUUUUUGUGGCCAAGUAUGUAAAGUUGCAGUGUAUAAAUUCAGUACCAUUGUCAUAUUAAUUUACUGCAUCUGCCUUAUCUUUUGCAUGCUUCAACCUGCCUAAUAUAUUUAAAUCCAACCACACUCCCUCCUCCUCUCCCCCAUUAUUACUUUCUUCCCUCUCCAAAGACUCUGUUCAUAGUUUUAUGACAAUAUUGUAAAGUUCAAUUAUAUCAAUAAAAAAACAAGUUUGGACAGUAUUUAAUUAUUGCAAAUAUAUUUAAUUAUAUAAAUUGAAAUAUAAGCCAUAAAAUCUUUCUUUGGCCCACUUAGAAUUGCUCCUGACUUGCUGUAAGCCAGCCUUCAGAAUAAAGGACUUUUGUUAAGAAUCCUGUUAUUGCAUGUUAUCUAAUUGAAGGCAGAGUGCCACAAUACAGUGAAUUAUGCUAUGUCCCAUUGUAAGGUAUAUUGUUAGGUAUGGUUAUUGAAUGAAAAUGAAACAGUCUAAAAUGCUAAAUUUUUGCCAGCAAAAGAAUUUUAUCAGCAGUAAGUUAUUACGCUAUGAAUGACUAAUCAGAUACACACUAGUCUUAAUUCCUUGAAUCUCAAAUUCUAGUUUCCAGGUAAUCUAUCACUGAGACUCAGUAUUAUUUGUUUUAUGUAUAAAUAAUGUCUUAAGAGUUGUGAAUGAUUAUUAAAGAACUACUCCUGCCUAGUUCUAAGCAUGGAUUCUAUACACACCUAAGGUCCUAGGAAGGAGUUCACUGAGGCUUGGUCAGCUUCUCUUGAGAAGAUGGCAGUUGCUCGAAGAUGGUGAUGCAGCUCUCCACUCCCUCCUCCUGCAUGAGUGGGACUUCGGGCCUUUGCUGAGGCUAAGUCAGAAAUGGCAGAGUGAGAAUGAAGACUGACUGUGUGUUACAGAUUGUUUGCUUAUCUGUUUCACUAAUGCAGGGAUAUUAGCUUAUCAAUGUUUGCUGAAUAUUAAUUUUCAUAAACAGCUCCUUUUUAAAACUUAGACAUUACAGGAUUAUAGUUAGGAUAACCUACUAUUCUGGAAAGAUGUUAAAAGGAUAAUACCUAUUCAUGUUGUAGAGAUGAAAUAUUACAUACAGAUUUAGUAAAAUAAUUGAUAGGAAGAUAAUACUGCUUUAUGUUCUAGGAUAUCUUAGAGAGCAUGCAUGCAGUGACAUGACAUUGAGUAGGCUUGCUUUACAUCUGUCUUAUGGCAUUGAUGCACACUGUCUGCUACGCUGAUUAUUGACAACGGACUACAGAAUCUCCAAGAGCAGGGCAGAACUCCGCUGGCCACCAUGUGGCCCAGCAUUGCUUGGGGGUAACUUUGAGCAUUCAUCACUUUUAUUUAGUUAAGAAGACAUUCACAGACUUCCAUACCCAGCCUGUAUUCUACAGAAUAAUGAAUAGGGUUGGGCUCGGUAUCUGACUGUUUGCCUAAUGUGUUUGAAAAACUAGAUUCCAUUCCCACCAGCACAGUAAAGAAGUAAGACGGCCAUCCACACUGCUCGCUCAUUCUGCUUUGUAGCUUAGAAUGAUGCUUUAAAAGGAAGACUAUUUCAUACUUUUAAGAACAUGAUUUUCUUGCAUUCACUUAAGAAGGUAAUUAGUCGCAACUUUGUUUUGUUUUUGUAGUAUUCUGGUACUAAUUUCAUAUGCUAAAGCUUUACUAUAGAAUGCCAGAAGAGCUCACCUUUGCAUAUCCCUUCAAAUUCUUUGGCAGUUCAGUGUUGAUAACGAACUUCUUUUAUCUGUCAAAGGAGACUGUGAUGCUAAACUUGUUACUGUUAGUUUGCCAAUGGCCUCAAAUCUGUUUGCCUCAUCUGAAGGCUGUAGACCUGAAGAUGACAAGUGCCACAUUCGUUGGUACAGUUGCCAGUGAGCACCCCACUCAGCGUUAAUAGUGCAGUUUCACCCAGGACAGUCAGCUAUAGGCCAAAGAGAACUGCAACUACCAUGUUUGCUCUGGGUAAGGAAUUUAUAGCCAUAAAUUCUGUGUUGCUGCUACCUUUUCUUUGGGACUGAAGCUCUGGAGUGUAAAAAAGCUCCCAGACUUGACCUACUCCCAGCGGUCCCUUGAGACUGUAUCUGAGACAGAGCACACUACAGAAAAACCUGUGCUCAGUUCUGUCAUUGGUAAUAAGACAGGUUAUUUCUAUUGCAGAACAGUCUGGAACUGAAUAGACAGGGGUUAAAGCUACUACAAAUUUUAUAACUGAAAGUAUUCAAAAUAAGUUUGGAGCCUGAGGUAAAUUCUAUGCUUCUGUUUAUCCCAAAGAAAUCAGUUUAAAAUAUAAGCAGAUAUAAGUAAACCAACCAAUGAGAUACAUGUUAUAUUAAUUUUGGCUUCCCUUUAUAGACAUUUUUAUUUCUACCUUAAAAUGAGUCAUUUUCAUAAAAUUAACACAUUAUUAAGAUGGUGUUUGAUGCAAAAUAACUUGAAUGAUACUCUGAAAAAUUAAACCACCACUGAUGAUAUAUUUGUGGUGGUGACUGCUAGAUUCCUGUGAGGAGUGAGCAGCAAAAGGCAUUGCAGCAGUGUUUAGUGUUUAGUGUGGCACUUUAUACUUUCCUGUACCAUCAGUAACCAUACUGUACUCACUGUACAGCUUUAACUUGUAUACUUUAUGAACUCAUCAAAUAAAUAUUUUCUCAUA